CUGGGGAAGAGGCCACUCCAACACAGGAGGGAGGAGGGAGGAGCCCAGGCGAGCGCUAUUCCGGCUUCGACGCGCUUUCCUUCCCAAGUAGCCGCUCCGGGCAGCCCACUGCUCCACACCGUGCAUGAUCCCAAUUGCAUACUCUGCAUUGUCCGUUCAACAAGAAGCAGCAGAGGCAAAAAUCAGCAGUGGUUCAGGUGAAGUGCCCAGUGAUGCCAUCCUAAUGUCUCGGUGACCGGUUGCCUCUCUGUAUGCUGUAGGUUUCACCCCUACUGUGGACAUGAUUGAAACACCAGAACCUUUUGCACCUCCUUCCUAUGAAGAUGUAACAAGUGGUGAUGGAAAUAAUUUCCAUUCUCCACAUAGCAUAGAUCUUGUACAUGAAGGUGAACCACCCACAAGCCAGAGAAACCGGAAUGCCACUGCAAUUUCAGAAGAUGUUGCCAAAGAGGUGUUUGCUCAGUAUGUAGCAAGUCACUGCUGUUACAGCAAAGACCCAGCCAAAGAGAUGGUUAUUUGCGAUUUACGAUCAUUUGAUACAUAUAGAUAUCGUUUGGAGACUUUCAGUGAAUCAAGUUCUUGUAAAUGGAAAUCAGUACCUUAUCGAGGUGAACCUGUUGACCCCAGUCUGCAGGCCCAUGCUCCUUACCCUUGGGAUGUCCAAGUGGAGGUUUCUCCCAUGUUUAAAGACCAGAAAAAGAAAGUCAAGGUGCCCCAUACAUCAUCAGUAAAGGAGUGUCCACAAUGCAGAGGUCAGGGUGACACUUCUUGCAGUAGCUGUGGUGGAUCUGGAUUGGUGAGUAGUGGUGUAUUAGGCAGAGAUGUAUUUCUACACUCAUUUUAUUUUCCAAGGAAUGGACAAAUAAUUUUAGCCACUUCCAAACCUCUGCAAGAAUGCCCUUGGCAUGUUUUCAAAGACUGUUUUCAAUACAGGAUUUAUUCUGCACAAUAUUUAUGUAUGGUUGUUUGGUGCAGAAAGCAGCACCUUCCAAACAGAAAAUAUUUCUGUGGAAAUAUAUUUUUCCAUUGUGAUUAAAGCUUUGGCUUGAUCAAGAUAUCUCUUAGCUCAUGAACCUGUUCUUCUGGGUCAGAAGAGCAGUAUGCCCAGUAUUGAGUUUUUGGCUAUUAGACCUAUGAAGGAAGUUUUAGCUUGGUAAUAAAGCCUCUGUGUACAUGAAAGAGACUCCAGGUUCAGCCUCUGGUAUGUCUAGAGCAGUGGUUCUCAACCUGGGGUCCCCAGAUGUUUUUGGCCUUCAACUCCUAAAAAUCCUUACAGCUGGUAAACUUGCUGGGAUUUCAGGGAGUUGUAGGCCAAAAACAUCUGGGGACCCCAGAUUGAGAACCACUGGCCUAGAGAAUGGAUAGAAGAGAACUUACAAUGCCCUUUUAAUUUUUACCAGGACAAGAUGGUGUUCAGAACUUUUGAUAACCAACAUCAGCUCUGUUAAAUAAGUUGGAAGAAGAAAAACCUUUCAUUCAAAAGAGGGGCAGGGACCUCAGUUUGAUAUUCAAAAUGUCUUCCUUAGUUUCUUAUAAGCAGGACCCUUAAUAUCCGGAGAUCAGAUGAUGCAUUAGCGAAAGUGUGUACCUAGAGAAACUGUGAGGCAGGUUUGCUCUUCCACAUGUUUGCUUCUGUAGGCAGCCACACUAACACUUUAACAUAUUACACCAGAAUGUGUAGUCUAGAAUUCUUUCUUUUGUCGUGAUGUUGCCUAAAGCCUGUGGACUUGCGGUGAAUCUACACUGUAAAAUUUAUGUAGUUUGACAUCACUUUAAAUGUCAUGGCUCAAUUCUGUGGAAUAGUUUUUUGUGAAGUUUAAAAUGAACAGUUAAACACAUAGCUAAUAUCCAAACACUCCCAUACCAGAUGCUAAUAGAAAUAAGAUUAUUACAUUUGGCUAUUUUUAUUAAAGCCACUAGUAACAAGAAAAACCCUUUAUGAGAGAUAGCUUUGUUUCCAUCUGUAAAGAUUUUUAAAAUAGUUUGUUCUGGGUUCGGAAUUUAAGUAGAUUUCAUUAUCUGCUUUGUUUUCCAUCUAACAU